GUCAUUUUUCAAAAGCUUUAGUCAUCCGUAUAUAAAACCAACGUGAAGGAAGUGCAAAAUCGAUUGUAUUUGUCGCCAUGAACGUUUCAAUUUGAGCUUAAAAAAAUAACUGCAAUCCACUGAGCUUUGAGCUUUGAGCUUUGAGCGCGCUCCAUUUCGGUUUUUCUCUUCCGGGAAUGUCAGUUGCCGAUGGCCGAAAGCCAAGUUCCGGCGGCAAGCGGAGGACUCGAUGAUCUGUCUCUCAAACUCGCCAUAGCCAGUUCUUUUCUACCCUCCGAAGCUUAUCAGAAUCAGCACCAGCAACAUCCUCCAACCGUCUCCAGUCUUUCUUCCGAUUCCAAUGCUCUCCGGUGGAAGCGAAAGGCUAAGGAGAGGAAGCAAGAACUCAUUAGGCUUAGAGAAAAUCUGAAGCAAGCUGAAGAUGCUUCGCAUGAUGAUUUGCUUUCCCAAAACUCCUCUUGCAAGUGCUUUUUCUUUGAUAAUUUGGGAAAAUUGAACCCUACGCGGCUCCAAGAUGGUACUGAUAACAGGUUUAAUGACGUUUUACGCCGGAGAUUUCUCAGACAAGUUCGUUAUAGGGAACGGAGGAGAAAAUCAGACGAUGCAGUUCAUCGGAAACGAGUUUUAGACUUCAAUGAAGAUGAUGAAGUUGAGCGUCUCCAAGCUUCAGUUGAUUUUCUUGUAGAGCUUUACGACACUUAUUCUCCAGUAGGGGAGGCCAACUUUAAAAAUUGGGCUCAUCAAGCGGUUGAUUUCAUUCUAGCUUCAUUGAAGGAUCUUCUACCAAAAGGAAGGUACGUGGAACUUAUUGAAGGAAUUAUUAGCAGCUUGAUUAUGCGUUUAAUCAGAAAGAUGCGAUCUCCUGUGAAAGAUGAAUUAGAAGACUCUGCCUCCGAUGUCCAAUUUUAUACACAGCAUCUAAUCCGGGAGCUCGGACGUGAAACGUACAUCGGGCAACGUGCAAUAGUUUCUGUGUCUCAAAGAAUUUCUGCAGCGGGAGAGAGCUUGCUGUUCAUGGAUCCGUUCGAUGACAAUUUUCCCAGCUUACAUGAAUAUUUGUUCCUAAUGAUUCAACUUAUUGAGCUUCUGAUAUCAGACUACUUACAGAUGUGGUCAAAGGAUGAAAACUUCGACAGCCUGCUCUUUGAAGAGGGAAUGAUAUCCAUUCUACAUGCAAAGAAAGCUUUAGAACUCUUGGAAAGCAGAAAUGGGCUCUACAUACUAUACAUGGAUCGUGUCACCGGUGACUUGGCUAAUCAAAUAUGCAAUAUUCCGAGACUCCGGGAGAUCAAGCCAGACAUUGUAGACGACCUAAUUCAUUGAUUUAAAGCUAUCUAAUCCAGGUUUGUAAUGCUGUUCUCCUAUAACUUUUUCGUUGAGUCCGAGCAUAUACAAUGAAAAAUGAAGUGAAAUUAUCAUAUUAUUGAACAUUGACAGCUGAAAAUUCUGGGGAUAAAAACGUCAAAAUAAUAUUCCAACUUUCACCAAUUCAUUCAUUCAUUGGACUAAGAACAUUGCCAGUGCUAAAUAGAAUUUCACCCAA